AUGGAUGCGAGUAUGCUCAUCGGAUGGUCACAGGACAACUCGGACGACGCGUCAAACGAUGCGGACGGCGUAGAAGUCAAGUCGAUGGGUGCAGAGCUUCACGAUUUGGAACGAAGAGAAAUAAUGGAUAGGUCCAUUCUUACAACGGCAUCUCUUCCACACAUGACGUUCAGCAAGCCGAAGCUUGGAGCCAAGAAGGCUGUAAAGCCGUCGUCCACGCUUGGAUCUACCUCAAUGUCCCUGUCGCUAUCCAAUGCUUCAAAUUUCAAUAGCAGUACUAUUGCUGGGUCCAGCACGAGCACUGCAACUAUGCCUGCUCGCCCUCCUCCACGACAGAUUGCGGAUAUAGGGAAUUUAUCUCAGAAGAUCAAGCAGGUCUCAGCUAAGAAGGAACAGGCUCGUCGAAGUUCCUUUGCAAAGAGAGGGAAGCGCGUCAGCGGGAGCUUUGAGACAGGUGAAGCUGUCAUGCCGCACGAAAGCGUUCCAAGUGCAAAGCUAUAUCGGCAUAUCGACGAAGAUUUGCCGGAAGCGCAUCGAGUUCGACAUCUGUUAGUGUGGUGCGCACGCAGGGCUGCCGCUGGAGAGUCUCCGACCAAGUCAAAAUCGAAACUGGGUCAACAGGACUCAGCCCUCCUUGCCAGCAUCCAGGACAAGGUCGUUCGCCAGCUGAUGGACUUGACGAUUGAUAUACCUUUGUACGAUGUGGAGAAUCGAGGCAAGCGAAAGCCAGACGAGCCCCUUAUGGACGACCCAAUCAAUGUUAGGAAUAGGGAACUCAAGGAAAGAUUGACAAUAAUGGAAGAAAAGGCUCGCGAUGAGGAUCGGAUGUGGGCCAAGGUCAUCUCGGACUAUAACGCUCUGCAGGCUUCCGUCCUAUCCACAUUACCUCAAACGAGUGCCAGUACCCCCGGAAAACAUAUCAAGAGACCGACAUUUGACGUUCGUCUCUCCGAGUUGGACGAGAAAUGGCAAGAGGUGGACAAGGAAAUAGAGUCGUAUCGAAUGGAGCUGGAAAGCGGAAAGAUCAGAGAGCUGGACACCCAGCUUGCGAAAAGAUGUCGAAAACUUCCUUUCGAGCUUGAUAGUCUUCGUCAGUCCCUGGCUCGGUCCAACGCCUUUACCGAGCAGGCCAAAGAAUUUAUUGACGACUUAUUCGCCUCCAUCAACGCCACUUCGUCAGGGCCAUCAUCGUUGAAAAUCGCAGGCGCUACCCAGCCGGCCAGCAACUCGGUUGAUCUUUUUAGGGCGCUGACCAAGACGACAUCGUCAGAUACCCCGUCCCAACCUCCUGGCGCUACCGGUCUCAACGGACAUGUCAUCAAUAAUAGGCGGCUAACUGCGGUCGUUCAACCGUCAACUCCGCGUCGUAUGCCGGGUACGCCGCGACGCGGUAAUGCCUGA